CGAGAAGAGGUGCUUGAUUAUCGCACGCAACACCCCGAGUUCAAGGCGCAGCUCCCUGACGUCCUUCGCAGUCUUCCAGACUUGCAUACACUGAAGCUACGGCGUCUCGGGCAUGAGGGCUUCUGGCAUACAUUCGCGCCAGGUCCGGAAUUCCAGUUCGUCGCUCAAAAUAUUUCCGUGCUGCAUAUAUCGGAGCCGUAUAGCGCUUUGAUGAAAGGUGCCCUUGCGGCUGUGUCGACGAUUCAGGCACUUACCGAGCUGAGGAUUGAAGUCGUGCUCUCGAGCCGUUCGGGUGACAACGGGACGCUUGAAGGCUGGGACAAGACGCGUAUCCGCACAUUUGCAAGACUACGGCGCUUGCAGAUUGAGGCGAACAUGGGACAGUCUGCAGUCAUCCUCGACGCUAUCGUCGCACCCAAUCUCAAGGAUGUCGAAGUGAAGCGUGAUCCCGAGAGUGAUCCUUGCCAAUACCCCUUUUCGCUCCCGGAAGCCUUGGAGCCUCUGUGUAACCGGAACGCGUCGUCUCUGCGGAAGGUGUACCUCGGCUUGCAAUACUUUUACGUACCCAAGUGGUAUCCGGAUCGGGGAAUCCCACCGGAGACGGAACCGAUCUUCCUCACUCUGACGAAGCCGUUGCUCCAGCUUCAUCAGCUCCGGGAGCUCAAUAUCUACAUCUACCCUGGCGAACACCGUGGUCCCAUAGACGUACCUCUGCCUUCUAUGUUGGCGGCGUGGCCAAUGCUGGAGACCCUCAUCGUGGAAGUGGCCAUCUUCACACCCGACGCGCUUCGGGCGGUCGUGCACGCUUGCCCUCAGCUGAAGUGUCUGAUUGGCAAGUGCCUGUCGGAUGACUUCCUGAAGCUGCCGGCGGCGUCUGACCAGCUCGGCGGUUCCCGUCGCGCAGUGUCCGAGUCUACAGGACAUGGGCUUCGUCAGUUACGCCUCUUCAACGCCACCAAAGUAGAUGAUCCUGCGGACAUCACGAAGAUCGCAUACUUCCUGGACGAGCUCUUCCCUCGACUUCGCCUCGAGCUGUGUGUGACUCAGGACACCUACGUAUUCAGGAAUCAGGAAAAUUGGAUACCCGUUCUGCUGGAGGUGGUGAGGAUUUCAAGUCGUACGUGA